AUGGCACUGACGAUUGAUGGAAUUGGCGAGACGCGCGGCGUGGACCUGGAUGGCACGAGCGACGUCUAUGCGCAGGCGAUCCGCAACUGUGCGGCGCGGAUGGAAGGGGAAGACCCCCUUGCGGCUGCUGAAGCCCUUCAGGACGAACUUUCACGGCUCGAUAAAGCCUCCAGGAGCGGCGCGGUUUUACCUCGGCAUGUGUUGGUCAUUGGCGGCGCAGGCUAUGUGGGUUCCGUCAUGGUUCGCGAGCUUCUGAAGCGCGGUUACAAAACCCGGGUGCUGGACAAUUUCCUCUAUUCCAAUUCUCUGUCGCUUGAAGGCCUUUAUGACGAGCCAGGCUUCAGCCUGGUAAUGGGAGACCUAAGGGACGAAGCGACACUUGAUCGUGCGCUGGAUAGUAUCACUGACGUGGUGCUUCUCGCUUCGCUUGUUGGCGAUCCGAUCUCCAAGAAAUUCCCCGAUCUCACACGCUCGGUCAAUCAGGCUGGUUCAGAGACUGUCUUUAAAGCGCUUGAAGGGCGGGGCAUUCACAAGUUCGUCUUUACGUCGACCUGUUCCAACUACGGCAUGCGAGACAGCGAUGAACCAGCGGAUGAAACAUCUGAUCUUAAGCCUCUCUCCAUCUAUGCGGAGACCAAAGUUGGGUUCGAGCAGUUUCUGCUGGAGCAGGGGAAAACAUCUGAAGCAAUCCCGACUGUGCUUCGUAUCUCCACAGCAUUCGGUCUCAGUCACCGCAUGCGGUUUGAUCUGACAGUGAAUGAGUUUACAGCUGCUCUCGCUAAGGGCGAAGCGCUGGAUGUCUAUGACAAGGAUACGUGGCGUCCUUACUGCCACGUGCGUGACAUUGCUGGUGCGGUCAUUCGGGUGCUGGAAGCGCCGGAAGAAAAGGUCCGCGGUGAAGUUUUCAAUGUUGGCGCUGAUGAAAACAAUUACACCAAGGCGAUGAUCAUCGACGAAAUCCUGACCCACAUUGAUGGCAAGGUUUCUUACGUUGAAAAAGGCAGCGAUCCGCGUAACUACCGCGUGUCCUUUGCCAAGAUCAAAGAUGAAUUGGGAUUUGAGCCGCGCCACUCCGUGAAAGCCUUCGUCCCAGAAUUGAUCGAGGCGGUUCGUUCUGGCCUCUACCUGCGUUCAGAAGAAAUUCCCGGUUAUUACGGGAACUAUGAUGAGAGCCCUAUGGGACUUGCGACACUCAAUCAGCCGUAUGAACAGGUAGAUCCGUCCCAAGUGGUGGCUGCUAUUCGGUCGGCUAUUGGUGUGUCAGAGGACCAUGCCUUUCAGCCGCUUCAUGUACCGCAUUUCGAAGGUGCUGAGUGGGACUAUGUCAAAGACUGUCUCGAUACGGGCUGGGUCUCCUCUGUUGGCUCUUAUGUUGAAAAAUUUGAAGAAGAGGUCGCCGCUCUUUCAGGUGUCGCCCAUGGCGUUGCUGUCGUAAACGGCACGGCGGCGCUUCAAAUUGCACUGCAAGUUGUCGGUGUUGGCCUUGGCGAUGAAGUGCUGAUGCCGGCGCUUACGUUUGUCGCAACCCCCAAUGCAGCGUCCUAUCUUGGCGCGGUCCCUCAUUUCGUGGAUAGCGAUCCCGCGACAUUGGGGCUGGACCCAACCAAACUCGACGCUUACCUGGCAGAGAUUGGCGAACGGUCCCUGGAAGGAUUGCGCAAUCGACUGACGGGCCGUCGGUUCGGCGCCAUCGUCCCCAUGCACACUUAUGGGCAUGCGGUUGAUAUGGAGCCUCUGAUUGCGGUUGCGGCCAGGUAUGGGAUUCCGAUUGUUGAGGAUGCAGCCGAGUCCCUCGGCAGUGUGUACAAAGGUGAAAAAUGCGGCUCGCUUGGCCGUGUCGCAGCGAUCAGCUUUAAUGGCAACAAGAUCAUCACGACUGGCGGCGGUGGUGCGAUUGUCACCGACGAUGCAGAUCUAGCCGCUCGUGCCAAACACCUGACGACAACGGCGAAAGUCGCCCAUCGGUGGGCAUUCGACCAUGAUGCCGUUGGAUAUAAUUACCGUCUUCCGAACCUGAAUGCGGCACUCGGCUGUGCGCAGCUUGAAAGCCUCCCAUCCUAUAUUGAGCGCAAGCGUUUUCUUGCCGAACGAUAUGUAACUGCCUUCGAGGCCGCGACAAAUGAUGCUGGCCUGAUGACGCGACCCACCUGGACGCUGAUGAAUGAUCUGCCGAUGUAUGCCGGGGCGCCCGCCAUGCCGCUUGAUGGUGCCCGCAAUAUCGAAGAUUAUUGGAACUGGCGGUAUCGUGACAAUCCAAUUGAUGCGCCGAUGAUCGAGCUUGCCUGGGACGGCGACACGCUGGCCGCGCAUUACGCUGUGUCGCCAAUGCCGCUGAUGAUCGGCAGGGAUGUCGGUGGCUACCUUGACGUUCCCGUCGUUCACAUUGCCGGCGGCGAUACUGCGGAUGAUUUCAAUAUCGAGCCCUGGCGCGUCCACAAUGUCGGCGCGCCUGGUCUUGAUCGGCUUGUAGAUGAGCCUGAGAUCGACUUGGCCUGCGUCUGGAAAAUGAUGAACGUGGCGCCAGUUGAGGGACCUUUUCUCGUUAUGAUCCAGCAUCCCUUACUGCCGGAGAUGCAUGACGCGGAACGGCAAAUGAAGGUCGGUCGCGAGCAUGCCGGAAACGUCGAAUUUGUUGAUUAUAAUGCAACAGAGAUCGAAACAGCGCUGAACAAGGCUGUGUUCGACGACCAGUACCGCGCACAGCUGGAAUCAGCAAAAAAUCCUUACGGGGACGGCACAGCGGGCAAGCAGAUAUGUGAGAUUGAAGCGGUGUCACAGGCAUUUGGCUUUCAGUCGGUUCACCGUCUUGGGUAUGAGACGGCGGCACUUGAUGUUGUGCCAAUCGGCGAGAUUGUGAAGAAGAUCGCUGACAUCUUUGCGCGGCCUGGUGGCCUGGAUUUCAUCCCAUCUCUCUAUGAGAACAUCACAGAUUGGUCUGCGAAGAAGAGAUCUAUCAUUGAGCUCUAUGGCGAGGAGGUGGGUGACGCACCGUUUCCACGGAGCCUGGAAAUUGUAGAUGCGAAAGAGAAGGUGCGUGGUGAGACCAUGAACCAAGUCACGGUGAUCGCUGAAGCUGGUGUCAAUCACAAUGGGUCGCUGGAGCGCGCCAUUGAGAUGGUCGAUGUUGCCGCCGACAUUGGUGUGGAUGUUGUGAAGUUUCAAACAUUCGAUGCGGAAGCUUUGGUGACGCGGAGCGCUCCGAAAGCUGACUAUCAGAAAGAAACAACUGAAGAGAGUGAAACGCAGUUGGAAAUGCUGCGCGCGCUGGAGCUUGAUGUGCACGCCCACAGGACACUCAUUCAACGUUGUGCCGAAAAGGGCGUGCAGUUUCUCUCGACUCCCUUUGAUCUGGGGAGCCUGGAUCUUCUCGCCAAUGAGCUUAACGUUACAACGCUAAAAGUCGGUUCGGGUGAACUUACCAACGCACCGCUUUUGCAUGCUUGCGCGAAGGCAGGCCGCGACCUCAUCCUCUCGACGGGCAUGGCGACGCUGGAUGAAGUCGAGACCAUGCUAGGUGUGGUGGCGCAUGGAUAUCUUGGCGAGAGCGCGCCGGGCGAAAAGGCAUUCGAAGAAGCGUUAGAGAGCGAAGCGGGGAAAGCUGCUCUCAAGUCCCGCGUAAAACUGUUGCAUUGCACGAGUUCCUACCCAACACCGGACGUGGACGUAAAUCUCAGAGCAAUUGAGACGCUUCGUGCGAAGUUUGGUCUACCUGUUGGAUUUUCAGAUCACAGCGAAGGAGAGGCGAUCAGGAAUCUCGACGAAAGUGCGCUGCAAAUUGCACUUGUUGUUGAUCCGGACAGAAGGUUGCAGGGGACCAUCACCGACGGCGAUGUUCGCCGCGCGAUCCUUCGCAGCGAAACCCUUGAUGCGCCGGUUGGGAAUGUGAUGAAGGCAAACCCCAUCACUGCCGGCCCUGACAUCGACCGUAAAACGGUGAUGCGCUGGAUGCGAGAGUAUCAGAUCGCACAAGUGCCGAUUGUCGAUGCAGAUGGUGUGCUGACUGGCCUUGAGACACUGAGCCGCAUCGUUCAGGACGAUCGAAGUGAUAAUUGGGUUGUGAUUAUGGCCGGUGGCCUGGGCACGCGACUUCGGCCACUUACGGAGAACCUUCCCAAGCCGCUUAUCCCUGUGGGCGGAAAGCCUGUGCUUGAGAGCAUUAUUGAACGGCUGGCGGAGCAGGGGUUCAAACGCAUUUUUCUUUCGGUCAAUUACCAGGCGGAAAAAGUGGAAGCCUAUUUUGGUGAUGGGCAUGAGUGGGGUGUCGACAUCUCCUAUUUGGAAGAAAGCAAACGGUUGGGCACGGCCGGUGCUUUGACGCUCCUGCCAGAAACACCUAGCGCCCCGUUCCUUGUCAUGAAUGCGGAUCUGGUGACGGCGAUCAAUUUUCGCCGGCUUCUUGAUUUUCACGUGGAUCAGGUGGCUGAUGCGACCAUGGGCGUACGGGAGUACCGCUUCCAGGUCCCGUAUGGUGUCAUUGAGAUGAGUGGCAACCAGAUUACCGAGAUCAAUGAGAAGCCAACACAGAACUAUUUUGUGAAUGGCGGCGUCUAUGCGCUGUCACCGGCAAUUUUACAUCAUGUCCCCGACGGUGAGAUGUAUGACAUGCCGACUUUGUUCGAUCACGUAAUCUCUGAGGGUGGGCUUGCGAGCGCCUUUCCGAUCCAUGAAUACUGGAUCGAUAUCGGCCAAUUGGAUGACCUGCAGCAGGCACAGGAAGAAUUUGGCAAAGUCUUUGGUGCGAAAGAACCAGUGUGA